AUGCCUGGAACCAGGUUUAACAACAACAUCAUCUCCACGGCGGUGUCCGUUAGCCAUGUUUAUCUAGAGGGCGACGAGACCGACUAUCUUGGAAAAUGUUUCACCGGAGAGGUGAAAAACGUUCACCUCACGGUUGAGAAUCAAUAUGGCCAAACCUGGGACUUAGUUUGCGAAAUUGCUGAAGAUAUCAACUUCCUCCCCAACGAAGAGGUUGUGCUGUUGGAAGAUCAGAGUAGGCAGUCUUAG